ACAAGCCACACCUGAGCAGGUUGAAUGAGUAGAAGACAUGUUUGGGAACUCCACCCCCUCCACUCCCGAAGUUGGGAAAUCUACUGAGAUUCUCACCGCGGAGGUUCAUCCUAAGACUCCGCUCCGAUUCCGAACCACAACAACGCCGUUUAAAUUGCUGAUAGGUACCUGAAGUUUAUCUGUGUCUUUUCAGCCGAAAAGAGCUGUCUUCUAUCAGCAGGAAGAGAAGGCAGACUGAACAAACCUCGUCAUGAACUGGGCAUUCCUCCAGGGCCUCCUCAGUGGAGUUAACAAAUACUCCACAGCCUUUGGCAGAGUGUGGCUCUCUAUUGUCUUCCUCUUCAGGGUGAUGGUGUUUGUGGUGGCUGCGGAGAAGGUGUGGGGGGACGAGCAGAAAGACUUUAAGUGCAACACGGCUCAGCCGGGGUGCCACAACGUCUGCUAUGACCACUUCUUCCCCGUGUCCCAUGUGAGACUCUGGGCCCUGCAGCUCAUCUUCGUCACCUGCCCCUCACUCCUGGUAGUCAUGCACGUCGCCUACAGGGAGGACAGGGAGCGGAAAAACCGCCUCAAGUACGGGGACAACUGCCGGCGUCUCUACAAGGACACCGGAAAGAAGCGCGGGGGCCUGUGGUGGACCUACGUCCUCACCCUGGUCUUCAAAGUAGGUGUGGACGCCACUUUCGUCUAUCUCCUCUACCACAUCUACGAGGGCUACGACUUCCCCUCGCUCAUCAAGUGUAAGGAGAAGCCCUGUCCCAACACGGUGGACUGUUUCAUCGCACGGCCUACUGAGAAGAGAAUCUUCGCCAUCUUCAUGGUGGUAACCAGCUUGGCCUGCAUCCUGCUCUCCAUUUUUGAAAUCCUCUACCUGGUCGGCAAACGCUGCCGUGAGUGUUUUACCUCAAUCCAUCACUCCCGCCACAUCACGACCAACAACAUGUCCAGCGGCAGCAGCCUGAUGGAGUCUAACAAUCUAAAGGUGACGGACAAAAUCCCCAAAACCCCUGCGCCAGCGUACAGUGUUGCUAUGUCUUGAGAUACAGAGACUAUAGGAAAAGACUUUGUGAAAAAACAAAGACGUGGGAAAGCUGUUUCCCUCACUACACAGGCAACUUCCUUGAAAGACUUAUUGAAAGAAACGUACUAGAGACUGAACUAUAAUGUUAGUUCUUUGCUGUUGGACAGGUUGAAAUGCUCCAACAUGAAUGUGUCAUUGCUCUGGAAUGUGUGCAUUGUCGUGUGUAUUUACAGAGAUUUGCUGUUUUACAGAUGAAGUUCUACAGCAAAGAGUAAAAGCGAGCACCAAGCAAAGUCAGACUUAGCCCUGACAUCAAUUAUAUGAGUCACCCGAUGGUUUGGAUGGCUCCACAAACACAUGUGGUUUUCUGUGUAAAAUUUUCCCCCUGCUCAAGGCCAGCCUCAGAAAGUUUAACCCAGACUGCACCGAGUCUUUUGCUUUUGCUCGAGUGUGGACUCUUCGGGAUUACUGUACUUUGUGUAAUUUAUCGUGGAAAGAUUGUGCACGUUACUGUCUGUUUUUGCUGCCAAUGUUGAAACCACUUUGUGUUUACUCCCGGUGUAGUGCAAACAAGUCCAAAGACAGUUAUAUAAACAGAAUUGUUAUUAGUAUCAGGAUGUAUAUGUUUCACAGCAUCUGGGUGCAGUCUAACUGCAUAUCUGUCUAUGUUUUUUUUUAUUAAAGAUUAUUAUUUUUGACUUUUGAAAA